AAUGACCAAAGUGUUGCGUACAUUUGGAACUAUGGCGUGUUGACUCCACAGUAAGCCGCGUACACUCAGCAACGUUGCUCAACAAGUUAACGUUUGGAAUAAUCAAAUGAUGUCACAUCCGCCGUGAAGGUCUCCGUGGUAGUGUCGGAUGGUCACUAGCGCACUGUCUGCUGAAUCCUCAUGCGCGUGCGGUCGGAACUUUGGACAGUGCGCGCCCAGUAUUGGCUGCACGAGGGAGCUGGCGCGGAGGAGCAGCACGGUAAUGAAUGUGGAUCUAUCCGCCCUGUUCUGUUCGGGCAUCAUCUGCCACGCCGAGGACGCGAUAUUAACGCCAGAAAAGUGCGAUAGAGUCGUGACAGCAUGAUUCUUCUGUUCGGUGCGUUAAAUCCCCUGCUUUUCCUCAUCGUCUUCGGACUGUAUCCAUCCAUGACAAUUGGUCCCAAGGAAGGAUGGCAGGUGUAUAGUUCGGCACAGGAUGCCGACGGACGCUGUAUCUGCACUGUGGUCGCACCGGAACAAAACCUCUGCUCCAGGGAUGCCAAGAGCAGACAGCUCCGACAGCUGCUGGAGAAGGUGCAGAACAUGUCUCAGUCAAUUGAAGUCCUGAAUCUGCGUACACAGCGCGAUUUCCAGUAUGUCAUGAAAAUGGAAAAUCAAAUGAAAGGGUUACGGACCAAGUUCCUGCAAAUUGAAGAGGACAGGAAAACUACAAUGGCUAGAAACUUUCAGGAGCUGAAAGAUCGUAUGGAUGAACUCCAGCCAUUGAUUCCUGUGUUAGAGCAGUACAAAACAGAUGCUAAGCUGAUCUCACAGUUCAAAGAGGAAAUCAGGAAUCUGUCUGCCGUGCUGACGGGCAUCCAGGAGGAGCUGGGAGCUUAUGACUAUGAGCAGCUCUAUCAGAGAGUCCUCAGCUUGGACAGCCGUCUACGAAACUGCAUGAGUAAACUCACAUGUGGGAAAUUAAUGAAAAUCACUGGCCCUGUGACUAUAAAGACAUCUGGAACGCGGUUUGGUGCAUGGAUGACCGACCCUCUAGCAUCUCCAAGAAAUAACCGGGUUUGGUAUAUGGACACUUACACCAACAGCAAGGUGGUUCGAGAGUACAAAAGCAUCGCAGACUUUAUCUCCGGCCUGGAAUCGCGAACCUAUUACCUUCCCUUUAAAUGGGCUGGAACCAACCAUGUGGUCUACAACGGCUCUCUGUACUACAACAAGGAGCAGAGCAACAUCAUUGUCAAAUACAGCUUCGAGUCUGGACGGGUUCUCGCCCAGCGUGCCUUGGAGUACGCCGGCUUCCACAACGUCUACCCCUACACCUGGGGAGGCUUCUCAGACAUCGACCUGAUGGCGGACGAGCUGGGUUUGUGGGCUGUAUAUGCCACCAAUCAGAACGCAGGAAACAUUGUGAUUUCUCAGUUAGAACCGCAGACACUGGAAGUUCUCCAGACGUGGAACACGGAAUACUCCAAAAGGAACGCAGGUGAGUCCUUCAUGAUCUGCGGCACACUCUACAUUACAAAUUCUCACCUGACCGGAGCCAAGGUGUAUUAUUCCUACAACACAAAGACCUCGACGUACGAGUACAUUGACAUCCCGUUCCACAACCAGUACUUUCACAUCUCCAUGCUCGACUACAAUGCUCGAGAACGGGCACUUUAUGCCUGGAACAAUGGACAUCAGGUCAUUUUUAACGUCACGCUUUUUCAUGUCAUCAAAACGGAAGACGACUCCUAAUGGACUUCUGGAUAAAAGAAAGAAGGACGAUUCAGUUUAAACUUAUGCUGUUAUUUUCUACUCAUUUAUGGUUCUUUUCCCAAAGUUAAUGAGAUAUAUUGCCUUUACUCCACCAUAGACUGACGUCUGAGUCGAACAUCACCUUGCUGUGACUGAUGACACAUGAAGACUUGAUGAUGCAACGCCAUUACAAACAGAAUGAUUUGAAGUUCUUUUAUUUAUCUGCUCAUAGAUGCUCUAAAAGUUGGGCCUUACUUGCAAUAUUUCACAACGUGAGCCACAGACGAAUUGCUCUACUGCAUGAAUGUCUGAUUCUUUCGCCAUUUGUUAUCCGUAAUGUGGUCUUUGUAUAUCAGAAAUUCCAUUUUUCUUAUCUAGUGACGUGUUUUUGGCAACUUUGAUUUCUCCAGACUCUCCUGGUAACCUAAUGCUGUGUCAAGUUUAGUCGUACAAACUGUAGAGCCCUGAAUAUGAACCUAUGUAAACGAUUAUAAAAUUAAUUGUCACUGUGAGAGGAAAUAUUUUAUAUUAAAUCUAGAACAAAACAAUAAAUCAACUCAAACCAAA